AUGACUGGUGAAAUCGCAUCUUUGAAAAUGACAAUCUCUCAGUUAGAAAGUGAACAGAUUGACACGCUAAGGUUGGCUCUUCAUUUUCGAGACCGGUUUAGACAGGUCUACAAGGAAAAUGCAGAUUUGGCUAAAAGAUUUCUAAAAAUAUCAGAGAUGUCCGAAUCAGCUGAACAGAAGUUGGCCAUGGCUGAAAAUGCUCGAAUCCAUGACUUGGAGGAGAUUGAGCUCUUGAAAUCUAGAUUUGCUGAAGAUCUGCGUAAUCAAGAAAUUCAACAACGGGAGAAUUUAAAUCGCGCUCUCAAUCAAUGCGAUGAACGAUUGGAGACCAUCAAGGCUACACUCAUACUGGCCGAAAAGAAAGCGGCUGAUUCAAGUGCAAGAGCUUUACACGCAGAAUCCAAACUAGAAGAUGCUAUGAAGAGGCUUUAUUCUCUUGAAAUGGAAAAUAAACGUCUCAGAGACGAGAAAAACAGACUUGAAGAAGAGAAGAAGAUGUCGCUGCUAACGGCAAACUUUACCUCACGAAAAGCUCUAAAGAGAUUGGCGAUAAUUCAAGAACAGGCAGAUAUGGAUGAAGGCGCAAUGAGAGAAUCAAUCGCUUUGCUUAAAUCUCAGCUUCAAGACACUUUGUUGAGAGCUGAGAAGUGUCAAACUGAGUUGGAACUAUCAAAAGAGGAGCAGAUUCGUCUUUUAAAUCGAGUAAAAUCCCUCGAAACUAUGUCUAGACGGGCUGAAGGUGACCUUGCGACCGCAUCUCAACAACAUGAAGUGGAGAUUAAAGAAAUGGUCACGAUUGCUCAGUCACGAGAGUCACAAUUGACUUCUGCCCUUAAACGGCUAACUCAAAAUCAUGAGAUCGAAAUCGGUCGUGCGGAAGAGAUAAUCACGCAACAAGGCCAACUAAUCGCUAAACUUCGAGAGGAAUGCCGAAGUAAUGUUGAAACUUUCGACAUUAAGCUUUCUCAAAUGGAGGAGAAACACAAAAUUCUACUAUCAGAGAAUAAAAAGGCCAAGGAAAUUUUUACAUCAGUUGAAAAUGAGCGCAACAGAAUGCAUAAUCUUAGCAGGGAACAUCUCAUACAAGUGGAUAAAUUGACAAAAAAAGUUUAUUCACUGGAAGAGCAACUAUCAGAGAAGAAAUUUCAGAUGGGGCAUCAAAAUGCCAAACAGCGAGAUAUUCUGGUGGAUGCAAAAUUGCUCGCGCAACAAAUUAGGCAGCUUCGGAUUUGGAUUACGCAAAAUAUCAAGGAGAAGGACAAUGAGCUUUUUGAAACAGAUUUGUUUGGAUCUUUCGAAGCACAGGAAGCUGCUAAACGAAUUGAAUCGCUUGCAUUAUGA